AUGUUUGAUGAGGAUGAGGAAGAUAAAUACAAGGAAAGAAAUCCGGAAAAUAGUUUGAAGAGAAAAGAGAGUGGUGGUGGAGGAAAGUCAACCUUGGAAGAAUUGAUAAGGGAAGAGGAGAAGAAAAAGGAGAAAAUAAACAGGAAAGACUAUUGGUUGCGGUGUGGUGGAAUGAUACCUUGGAAACUUCAUGUCACCGAAAAACUCUUUCACAGUGGGUUAGCUCAUAAAGCUAUAAAUCCUCUGGAGCUAUCCAUGGAUGCUCUAAAGGAAAUCCAGUCACGAUUUUAUGAAGACUUUCCACCACAUCCACAGGAACAGAUCUAUGGGUUUGCCACCGCAUCAACCAUGAAACCAACCCAAUGGAGCUAUCCUGGAGGUGGAAUCAACCAAAUUCCAGGGGAAUGUACUAUUUCAGGAGAUGUCAGGUUAACCCCAUUUUACAAUGUGAAGGAUGUAGUGAAGGAUGUAGUGACAAAGCUGCAAGAAUAUGUGGACAACAUUAAUCUCAACAUACAUAAGCUAGAAACACGGGGUCCUGUUUCAAAAUAUGUCUUGCCUGAUGAUGACUUAAGGGGAAGCCUUACUCUAACUUUUGAUGAGGCAAAUUCUAGAGUAGCUUUUGAUCUUAAUUUCAGAGGCUACCAUGUUUUGUGCAAAGCAACUGAAGAAGUAAUUGGGCAUGUGAAGCCUUACUCAAUUACUGGAAGUUUGCCACUAAUUCGGGAGCUACAGGAUGAAGGUUUUGAUGUCCAAACUGAUGGAUAUGGUCUAAUGGAUACAUACCAUGCCCAGAAUGAGUAUUGCCUUUAUACGGAUAUGUCUCAAGGGUAUCGAGUUUUUGCAAGCAUCAUCGCUCAGUUAGAGGAAGAUUGAGACUACUAGUUAAACUUCAUUCUAGCAUUCCACGGCCUAUGAAUAUGUCAUUGCUGCUAAAGCUGA